UGCGAGUCGGACGCACAGCUACGAGCUACGAGACUGUCUCGCGCGGCUCGAGCCAGCUGAGAUCUCGAGCCUUCAAAAAAAAUUAAAAAAAAAACAAUCGUGCACAGUGUACUUUUGUGUGUGUUGUGAAGCGUAACUCUGGGCAUACUUUUGUUUAUUAUGCCGUGAUUGUUUUUCUAAGCACAGAUAUAAUGCUUAGAAAAACAACCAAUGAGUUAUUCAAAACAAGUGUCUAAAAAUGCCAAAAAGAAACACAACAGUGCGAACUUAAGAGUCCCGAGAUUGAACUAGAAUCAAAUAAUGACGUUGAGGUGAUAAGUGCUCUUCAAGAUGGCUAUGGUGAUAUCUCAAGCGACGAAAGCAGCGAUUGGGGGGUUUUUGGCGCUGAUGGUGUUGGGCGCUGUGCUGGUGGUGGGGGCUGCGUUUGGCUGGUUCGACCCUAGGAGGGAAGAUGAGGAUUCUCCGGCGAAGAUCAGUGCGAGGCUGCAGGGCAGAACAUCUUUUGUCACGCAUCGUGCUGUAAACCCAGAUGAAAACCGAUUACCCGUCGUAUCCCAUUCGUCUCCACACUUCGCAGAAAACGGGGAGAAAGGGCCACCUAUCCCCUUGUCCGGCCAAUGCAAGUGCACAGUGAACGACUUGUCUCGGCUCCUGUCGACGGUGCCCGGCCUAAAGGGCGCCCCAGGUCCUCAAGGACCCACAGGCGCGGAUGGCACCACCGGCGCACCGGGUAAAACGGGACAAAUGGGUGAUCCGGGUCCUCCGGGCCCAAUAGGGCCAAAAGGUGACAGAGGAGAGAGAGGAGACAUUGGCCCUUCAGGGCCAGAAGGUCAGCCCGGGCCAAAAGGGGAGCCAGGAGUGGAUGGAACCGCCGGUCCACAAGGACCCCCUGGACCUCCCGGACCCGCAGCUAUCAUGGAAUCAACCGGAUUAACCGUAACCGGUCUACAAACCGAGAGAGGGCCUAUGGGACCACCAGGCCCGCAAGGCGAUAGGGGUUAUCCGGGUAAUAAGGGGGAGAGGGGAUUACACGGGUCCAAGGGUGACAAAGGAGAACGGGGUUAUGUGGGGUUGAGGGGCCCUCAUGGAGCGAAAGGCGAGCGCGGACAGCCCGGUCGCGAUGGCACGCCCGGACUACCUGGCCCACACGGCCGGCCAGCAGAAAAGGGCGAGAAAGGUUCCCAAGGAACUCCAGGCCCGCCCGGACCCCCUGGAAUUGGCGUUAUUGACAAUUCAAUAGCAACGGGUACUGCAAGCAGUAGCCCCCGAGAUGUAGCAGCACUAGUGAAGACGGUAAAGGGGGAGAGAGGUGAAAAGGGUGAGAAAGGCACAAGGGGCAUGGAAGGCCCACAAGGUUUCCCUGGAAACGACGGGAAACCAGGAGAGCGCGGCGACAUCGGACCAUCAGGUCUGCCUGGGACGCAAGGCCCUCCUGGCCUUACAGGGCUAAAAGGGGAAAGAGGCGAAGCUGGCCCACCUGGCCCGGUGGCUCUUUCAAAGGAAGAAGCUUCAGUGUGGACAAAGGGCGAGAAAGGCGAAACAGGGCCACGAGGCAAGCGAGGACACCCGGGGCCUCCAGGCCCAAGGGGGCCACCGGGGGCCCCUGGGCCUCCGGGUUCUCCGGGCACGGAUGGAACCUCAGGCGACAUCGGACUACCUGGCUGGACGGGACCACCUGGCGCCACGGGCCAGCCAGGACCCCAAGGACAGAAAGGUGAAAAAGGCGACCCUGGCCUCAGCCCGCUCGACCUCGGCAAGAUAAAAGGUGAAAAAGGCGAUCGGGGCUACGACGGGGCCCCUGGCGUGCCGGGCAAGGAGGGUCCGAGAGGCCCACCGGGGCCCGCCGCCGCGCCGGUCCCUAACACCAAGUACAUGCCGGUACCCGGCCCGCCUGGCCCGCCUGGCCCCCCGGGACCGCCAGGAUAUAUGAACGAGCUACCUGACAUGUUGACCGAUAGCCCUGGGAUUAAUCGCCGGGAGCCCGGUACAGGAAAACAGCGCGAUUCUCUUCAUACACUUAGAAUAUUGAACCAAAUGGGUUUGCAGUACCGACCAGAGUCAUACGGCCUUCGUGAUGGCAUGGACCCUCUUGGGGACAACGGCGAGUUUGAAGACGACGAAGAUGGACGAACUAUCGUAGGAACUAUCAUAUUUAAGACAACGGAAUCUCUUCUGAGAUUAGGUAGAAACAGCCAACUGGGCACACUGGCUUACGUCAUACAAGAGCAGGCGCUGCUUGUCCGAGUCAACAAUGGAUGGCAAUAUGUAGCGAUGGGUUCACUGUUAGCGAUACAAGCCCCAAUGACGAAUGGACCAACCAGAGUGCCACUACAGAACGUUCUAGAAACGUCUAGUUUAGUACACCAUAAGAACCCGGCGGGCGAAGGACCAGUUUUACGAUUGGCGGCACUGAACGAACCUCGCACGGGUGACAUGCACGGCGUUCGGGGCACCAACUACGAGUGCCUCCGGCAAGGCCAGAGGGCCGGGCUCGGCGGCACUUUCACAGCAUUCAUAUCUUCCAGGGUUCAAACCAUGGAUUCGAUCGUGAGCUGGGUGGACCGUGGGAUCCCAGUGGUGAAUACCCGUGGCGACGUGCUCUUCAACUCCUGGGGUGAAAUGUUCGACGGCUCUGGUGCUUUGUUUGCCCACGCGCCUAAGAUCUACAGCUUCAGUGGAAAAAACGUGCUAAUGGACUCUGGCUGGCCAACGAAAGCUGUGUGGCACGGCGCGAGUCCCAACGGCGAGCCAGCAAUGGACGCGUACUGCGACGCUUGGCACAGCGGAAGUCCGGAUAAGUUCGGGCUGGCCUCGUCCCUACGCUCUAACAAACUACUAGACCAGGAAACUUAUUCUUGCAGUUCUAAAUUAAUCGUGCUGUGUGUCGAGGCAACCCCCGUGGACACGGUGAGAAGAAAAAAACGAUCCAAGUACCGAACAGCUGAUAAGCUACGAUUCCUAAAAGACCUUAACGAUCAACGAAACGAUACAAGAGGGACAUUAUAGAUACAGACUCCUAGUUUCAUAUAGAUCGUAAGAACAAGUGAAGACUGUACAUAUUUUUAAUGUAAUAAAUGCCAGAGACAAUUUCUUGAAAUAAUCCCAGUGGAGCAUAUCGACAAUAUACGAAUAUCGAGUAAAAUUACCUUUACUGUUAAGAACUACGGCUUUUUUCUUUUAUAUGGCUGUUCUACCAAUGCAGUGAAUUUUAAAUGAGUAAGAGCAUAUCUUUUUUCGAUAAAAUGAAAAAGGGUUCUUUUAACGACGGAGUUUUAAUUGUGCGCAAUUUUUUGUAAAACAAUUAUCAGUGCCGAUUAUUAAACCGGCAACCAAAAUACACCAAUAACAAGCUCAUUAGAACUUGUUAUUAGUGUAUUUUGUUUAACGAGACAUAAAAAAUUGUGCAAACAUAAUUAAAUACAAGAUAAUUAUUAUAAUAAACAAGGAUUCUAUGUAAAUUAAUAUUAACUUUAGUGUCAAAACUUCAACCUAAGUUUAAUUUGUGUCCAAACGGACAAAAAGGAUUGAACUGAACUCAUUUUGUAGAAUACGAUACAAAUAUGGUACACAAAUUAAGUUUAUGUGCAUAAUGUGUACCUGUCUAUACAGCAUUUAGAUGACUUCUCUUCUUGACCGUUUUAUUGUUUUUAUCCAUCUUGCUCAUAAAGAGUUCCUGCUCGAAAUGGUACCAACAUUGAUGUAAUAGCCGAUAUUACUUCCAAGACAGUGUUACUCGUAGAUGUUAAUUAUUAAUUAGGCCAUUUUAACAAAAGGUUUUAAUUGUUCGUCAGUCACUUAUUAUAUUUACCAGUUACUUAAAAAUAUUUUUGUAGAUAUUAUUAAUAAUAGCCAUCGCUGAUUUCGUAUUUAGUUACCGUUGCUGCAAUAGCCUUCCACUCCUUCACCCGUGGUGAUUAUGUAACGGGUUGUCGGUAUAUUGGUUCUAUCUACUCGUAUUCUAUUCUCACUUUUCUAAGGCCUAAUAGGUUUUUGAAGGAAUCAUAUUUUCUUGCACUAGUUACAGCUUAAACAUCUAUAAAUAUUAAUGCAACCUUCACCAUUCCAUAAAGACGACGACGGAGAUGUGGAAAAUAUAUUGAUGUGUCAGCAUUCUUAAAAUUAAGUAGAAUUGUAAAUAUAGGUUUCUUUAAAAAAACAUGUUUAGCAAACCAGGAAUUCAGCAUGUAUUUAAAUUUGUAAAUAUCGAGUGUAAAAUAAUGUCAUUUAUUUAACAAUAAGUAAGUCUUAUAUAAAUUGUUAAGUUAAUCUGACAAUCGUUAUUAAAUGUUUCCCAGAUAAAGGUUUACAUGAAAGUUUCUUCACAUUAAUUAUUAAACUGAAGCGAUUUAUAAGCAGUAGGAGUUUUGUUUGUUCAUUUUGUAAACAAUAAUACCAAAAUAGAAAUAAUUUUAGUAACGGUAUCUAUCCGAGUGCUUCUAAUUUAGUUUAUUUUUAAUAUAAUAACUGUGAUAAUGUUUUAUAAGAAUUUUCAACGCAUGGCCGGUUUAUCUUAAGUUUAAAUGAAUAUCAUAUUUAAAUGAUUUAGGUAUGUGGAGACAAAAACUGUAUUAUACAAUUUGUUAAUUUUUUUUUGAGAAACUCAUAGUUCAGACUAAAUUUCAUUGUUUUUUAACUGUACAGAAUAUUCUGUUAACAGGUAGGCAACAACUUAUGUAAAUGACUUUGAGAAUUGUAUAUUAUUUUGUUUUGUUUUUAAUAUAAUAUAGUCAACUGCUACUUUUGAUAGUAUGCCGUAUGUUACCGGUUUCUAACAUAUCCUCAUUCUGGCUGUAGUAAAUUAAUAGUACCUAUAGUAAAUUAAAAAAAAUACACUGAACUAUCUGUGAAACUCUAAAUAAUGUCAAAAUUGGUUAAUGUUUUAGCUUAUUGUCAAGCGUACGACUGCAGACAUAACUGCAAAAAAACUAGUGUAAAAUAAACUAUAUUUUUUCUUUGAUUUCAAUAACCGUUUUAUCGGAAAUAAGUUUCGACUAAGAUAUUAUUAAUUAUACGUUACGCCCUAUUGUAGAAUCAAUUAUGUAAAAAUACCUUGUAAUUUUUUCAUUGUUAAAAAAUGUGACGCUAGGUGAAUUUUAUUGUACUUCAUGGGUACAGGUUGUUUUGAGAAUAAAAUGAUUUUUUAA